UCCCCCCACAGCCCACUCUGCCCCCCCAGAGGAGGAACACGGCCCCCGCGCGCCGCAGCGAGCACCUGGGCUCCACCAAGUCCCUCAACAGCACCCGCCAGUGCAACACCCUGCCCAGGAGCCUCAGCCUGGAGCAGGUGAUGGAGCAGCGCUUCGACUUCGACCUGACGUACGUGACCGAGCGCAUCCUCUGCCUGCGCUUCCCCGGCGCGCUGGAGGAGGCGCGGCUCCGCGGGCACCUGCGGCAGGUGGCCCUGCUGCUGCGGCACCGGCACCGGCAGCGCUACGCGAUCUUCAACCUGUCGGAGAAGCGCCGGGACAUCGCCCGCCUCAACCCCAAGGUGCAGGAUUUCGGGUGGCCGGACCUGCACGCCCCCCCCCUGGACAAGCUCUGCUCCAUCUGCAAGGCCAUGGAGGGGUGGCUGCGGGCGCACCCCCAGAACGUCGUCGUGCUGCACUGCAAGGGCAGUAAGGGCAAGGCGGGCGUCAUCGUGGCAGCCUACAUGCACUACAGCAAGGUGUCGGCCAGCGCCGACCAGGCCCUGGGGACCCUCACCAUGAGGAAGUUCUGCGAGGAGAAGGUGGCGGCCGCGCUGCAGCCCUCCCAGAGGAGGUACAUCGAGUGCUUCAGCGGGCUGCUGUCGGGCGCCAUCCGGAUGAACAGCAGCCCCCUCUUCCUGCACCACGUCCUGCUGCCCGCCCUGCCCGCCUUCGAGCCCGGCGCCGGCUUCCAGCCCUUCCUGAAGAUCUACCAGUCCAUGCAGCUCGUCUACACCUCUGGGGUCUACAGCACCUCGGGGCCCGGCCCCCAGAGCCUCUGCGUCACCCUGGAGCCCGCCCUGCUGCUCAAGGGGGACGUGAUGGUGAAGUGCUACCACCGGCAGCGGCGCGGGCCGGGGCGCGAGGCCGUGUUCCGCGUGCAAUUCCACACGUGCGCCGUGCACGGCCCCCAGCUCGCCUUCGCCAAGGAGCAGCUGGACGAGGCCUGGCAAGACGAGCGCUUCCCCUACGACGCCACCGUGGAGUUCGUGUUCUCCUCCGGCCCCGAGAAGAUCAAAGGCUGGGACCCCCUCCGCAGCCACCCCGCCGUCUCGGUGGACUAUAGCGUGGGGGACCCCGCCGUGCGCUGGGACUCCUACGAGGGCUUCAACCUGCACCACGAGGACAGCCUGGAGGAGCUCUCGCACACGCGGGGGCCGCUGGACGGCAGCCCCUACGCCCAGGUGCAGAAGAAGCGGGCGCCCAGCCCCUGGACCCCCGGGGGGGGCCCCUGGACCCCCGGGGGGGCCCCCGAUUCCCCGGUGUCCCCCGACGCCCCCGACGGCGGCGCCCCCCGCGCCGAGCCCCCCCCCGGCCGCCCGCCGCCCCCCACCGCCGCUGAGCGCCAGGAGCUGGAGCGGCUGCUGGGGGGCUUCGGGGUGCGGGGGGCGCCCCCCGGGGAGCGGGAGACCCCCAUCCUGGAGGACGAGCACCCCGAGGCCGUGCCCUACGGCACCCCGACAUCCCAGGGCACCCCGACACCCCACAGCACCCUGACAUCCCACGGGACCCCAAUGUGCCAUGGGCCCCCAGCAUCCCACGGGACCCCAGCACCCUACGGGACCACAACAUCCCAGGGGACCCCAAUAUCCUAUGGGACCCCGACAUCCCAUGGGUCCCCAGCACCCUACAGCACCCUGACAUCCCAUGGGACCCCAACAUCCCAGGGGACCCCAACAUCCCAUGAGUCCCCAGCACCCUAUGGGACCCUGACAUCCCAGGGGACCCCACCGUGCCACGGGACCCCAACAUCCCAUGGGACCCCAACAUCCCACGGGACCCCGGCACCCUAUGGGACCCCGACAUCCCACGGGACCCCAACAUCCCAUGGGUCCCCGACAUCCCACGGGACCCCAGCACCCUACGGGACCCCAACAUCCCAUGGGUCCCCAACAUCCCACGGGACUCCAGCACCCUACGGGACCCCAACAUCCCAUGGGUCCCCAACAUCCCACGGGACUCCAGCACCCUACGGGACCCCAACAUCCCAUGGGUCCCCAACAUCCCACGGGACCCCAGCACCCUAUGGGACCCCAACAUCCCAUGGGUCCCCGACAUCCCACGGGACCCCAGCACCCUACGGGACCCCACCAUCCCACGGGUCCCCGACAUCCCGCGGGACCCCACCAUCCCACGGGACCCCAGCACCCUAUGGGACCCCGACACCCUACAGCCCCCCAACGACACCCUACAGCCCCCCGGCACCCUACGGCACCCCGGCACCCUACAGCCUCCCGGCCCCGCCUUGCUCCUGCCGCCCCCGGCCCCCCGGCCCCGAGGGACCCCGUUACGGGGCCGAGGGGAGCCCGGAGCGGCGGGGGGGGCCCGGGGGGGGCGAGAAGCGGGGGCUGCACCGCUCGCUCUCCGAGGGGUUCCCCCGUUACGGCUACGGGCGCCAAGCGGGGGGCUACCUGCUGUUGGAGGAGCUGGCCCCCCUCUGCCCCUGCCACGACUGCCAGGGCUGGGGGGGCGAGGGCCCCCCCUCGCUGCCCACCCCCCCGCUUUAUGGGGGGCGCUUAGAGCGGGGGGGUGACAACUGGGGGGGCUCCCCUCGCCCUCCGGCCCCCGGCGAAGCCCCCGAGCCCCCCGCUUGCCCCCGCUGCGGCCGCCCCGGGUUGGGGUUAGGACGGGGCCCCCCCCGGCCCCCCCCGGCCCCCCGGGACCCCUACGGCAAGGUGGGCUACGACCCCCCCGGGCUGGAGGCCCGCGAGGGCUACGGCAUCCCCGGGCAGCCGGACCCCCAGGAGCCCGCCGAGCGGAGGAGCCCGGGCGAGGGGGGCCCCUGGCGCGGGACCCCCGAAGGCCCCAGCUCGCUGCGCCGGCCCCCCCGGGACCUGGGUGCCGGUGGGUGCCCCGACAGCCCGGACCCCCCCGGCGCCCUCCGCCGGGGCCCCGCCGAGCCCCCCCCGCCCAGCGCCGGCACCGCCGCGGGCCCGGCCAGCCCCCGCACCCCGCAGCCCCCCUCGCCCAGCAGCAGCACCCAUGGGUGCCCUGGGGAGGUGCCGGGCUCCCCGACCCCCGCCUUCCCCCCACCCACGGCGUACUACGAGCCCCCCCCGCCGCAGCCCCCCCUGCCCGAGAAGCGGCACCCAUCAGCACCGGGGGGUCCCCGAGGUCGAGCAUCCCCCCCUCAGCACGUCUCCUUCGCCCCCGAGCGCAGCCUGGGGGGCACCCAUGGGUGCCAGGGCCCCCCCGAGGCGGAGGCACCCGCCGGCGUCACCUUCGUGCAGGACACGUCCAAGUUUUGGUACAAACCCGGCCUCUCGCGGGACCAAGCCGUCGCCCUGCUCAAGGGGAAGGCGCCGGGGUCCUUCCUCGUCCGCCACAGCAGCUCCUUCCAGGGCGCCUACGGGCUGGCGCUGAAGGUGGCCGCGCCGCCCCCCCGCCGCCUGCCCCCCGCCAAGGGGGACCCCCAGGAGCAGCUGGUCCGACAUUUCCUCAUCGAGACGGGACCCCGGGGCGUCAAGAUCAAGGGGUGCCAGGACGAGCCCCACUUCGGGAGCCUGCCGGCGCUGGUGCUGCAGCACUCCAUCACCCCCAUCUCCCUGCCCUGCGCCCUCCGCAUCCCCAGCAAAGACCUGCUGGAGGAGGGCCUGGAGCCGCCCGCGCCCCCCAACAUGAGCACGGCCGCUGACCUGCUGCGCCAGGGAGCUGCCUGCAGCGUGCUGUACCUGGGCUCGGUGGGCACCGAGUCGCUGACGGGGCCGCAGGCCGUGGCCAAGGGCGCGGGGGCGCUGCUGGGGGGCGCCCCCCCCCGCGCCCCCCCCUGCCCCGUCCACUUCAAGGUGUCGGCCCAGGGCAUCACCCUCACCGACAGCCAGCGCAAGCUCUUCUUCCGCCGUCACUACCCCGUCAGCAGCGUCACCUACUGCAGCACCGACCCCCAGGACCGCAGGUGGGCGAACCCAGACGGCACCACCUCGAAGAUCUUCGGCUUCGUGGCCAAGGCGGGGGGGGCGGGGGGCAACGCCUGCCACCUCUUCGCCGAGCUGGACCCCGAGCAGCCGGCCUCCGCCAUCGUCACCUUCGUCACCAAGGUCAUGCUGGGCACGCGCCGCAAGUGAGGGCCCCCCCGCGACCCCCCCCGCGACCCCCAACCCGCGGGGGGGGCAGGGACCUGCUGCGCGACCCCCCCCCGCGACCCCCAACCCGCGGGGGGGCAGGGACCUGCUGCGCGACCCCCCCCCGCGACCCCCAACCCGCGGGGGGGCAGGGACCUGCUGCGCGACCCCACCCGCGACCCCCAACCCGCGGGGGGGGCAGGGACCUGCUGCACCCCCCCCCCGCGACCCCCAACCCGCGGGGGGGCAGGGACCUGCUGCGCGACCCCACCCGCGACCCCCCACCCGCGGGGGGGCAGGGACCUGCUGCACCCCCCACCCGCGACCCCCAACCCGCGGGGGGGCAGGGACCUGCUGCGCGACCCCACCCCGCGACCCCCAACCCGCGGGGGGGCAGGGACCUGCUGCACCCCGUCCCUCCUCCCCAAAACUGGGGGGGGGGCAGCGGGUGCGACCCCCAGCGCCGCAGCUGGAGGAGAGAAGGGAACAUUUUGGGGGGGGGGGAGGGGGCACAACCCCCCCCUUUUUUGGGGUGCGGGGGGGGCACCAUAAAACAAAGUCUAUUUUUGUUUAAGAAAGGAUUUUUAUAGAUAUAUAUUCUAUAGGGGGGGCGC